AUGGGGGAAGAUAUUGACGAGAUUAUUAUGCAGGAGAGAAUUAAUUUAAUAUUUCCCGGUACGAAGUGGUGCGGAGCAGGGAAUAUAGCAGACGGUGACGAGGACCUAGGGCCGUCGAAGGACACCGACCGCUGCUGCCGGGACCACGACCACUGUCCUGACAUCAUACCAGCUGGGGAAACCAAGCACAACCUCACCAACACCGCUUUUUAUACACGACUUAGUUGUGAAUGUGACGAGACCUUCCGCCAGUGUCUUCGGAACGUCGACAGCAGUACCUCCAGGGUAGUCGGGAAAAUGUACUUUAAUACAAUAGGAACUAAGUGCUUCAAAAACGCUUACCCUGUGACUGGUUGCGUACAUAAGGGAGGAUGGUUCAACACAAAGUGUCUCGAGUACUCGUUCGACGAAAGCGGCGAAAAACGUUACCAGUGGUUUGACGUGCCUAAUUAUUAA